AUGAGCGACGCUGAAGGCAGCAGCAAGAAGCAGAAGGCGUGCACCUAUGAAGAGCGUGUGAAGCACGUGUCGGUGAUUUCCAAGCCGCUGGCGUCCAAGAAGCAGACGAAACGGACUUACAAAGUGUUGAAGAAAGCCACGAAGGUCAAAGGCAUUCGACGCGGCGUCAAGGAGGUGGUCAAGAGCAUUCGGAAGGGAGAGAAGGGUGUGUGUGUGAUUGCGGGUGACAUCUCGCCGGUUGACGUGAUCUCCCACAUCCCGACGCUGUGCGAGGAGAACGACAUUCCCUACAUCUUCACGCCCUCCAGGGUGGAUCUAGGCGCGUCGGUGUUGUCGAAGCGACCUACAAGCUGCAUACUGAUCACACCCAACAAGGCGGGCUUUAGUGUGCUGGAAGCUUACAAUGAGCUGCUAGAAGACGUCCAGCAGGUGCAGCCGACGUAUUAA